AUGCAUUCAUCUGUCCUCACCACAACAUUCACGCUGUUCCUGUGCGCCAACGCGGGAAAUAUUGACCUAGAAAUCCAACCUGGUCUAUGUAACAUCUACGAGAAAAGUCCAUUCGUCAAUGUCUCUCAAAUCAUAAAGCCGGAUGGGCUCCAGGAACCCAUAAGUCGACCAGCAGAAGCGCCUAGAGCGAGUGAGACGCCAAAACCAAAAAAACGCAAGAAGUUGUCUACAAGAUGGACCACCAAGCCAUCUUGUAUUUCGGAUGAAGCGGGCCAAGAAUAUUGCGUCUUUACAAACGCCAACUUUGCAAAUGGGCGAGGAAUCUCAUUCUUCACCACCCCAACCAUUGCGGAAAACGUGAAAGACUUGCCCGCUUUCCAGGAAAUGGGCAUUCAUGACAACAUCAAUGAUUUUUCAAAUCCUCCCUGGGAAGUACGUAACAUUCCAGGUCGCGGGAAUGGGCUGUUCGCAACACGGAAGCUGGAGCGAGGAGAUCUGAUAUUGGCUGAUACGCCGUUAGGGGUGUACAGCAGUGACGCUUUCUUCCCGGAUUAUGAGUUGGGGUAUAAAUAUCUAAGAAAAACAUAUGAACAGUUACCGGAAGAGAGUAAAAAGAUUUUGUUGAGGACGGCGGCUCAUAAUCCAGGAGAUAUGAUCAUGGAGAGAAUUAAUACUAAUGCUUUUGCGGGCGAGUUUGAGGGGAUGAAUCAUUUCUUUUUGUAUCCUGAAACUGCUCUUAUGAACCAUGAUUGCCGUCCAAACGCCAUGUACUACCACAAUAUUUCAACACUCGUUCAUUCAGCUCACGCUUCGAGAACAAUCAACAUAGGAGAAGAAAUCACGAUUACAUAUCUCAAUCUCCUCCAAUCCAACAACGAGCGCCAAGAAACCCUAAAAAUGAUAUGGGGCUUCGACUGUGACUGUAAACUCUGUUCCGCAUCAGAACUCUCAAAAGCGCGUUCAGAUCUAAACAUCGAAAAGAUCAACGAGCUGCACACGACACUUUCCGACUGGUCCUCUGCCUCUGAAGCUACUCCCAAGCUGGCUUUGAAUCUGUUAUCUCUGUAUGAAAAAGAACAUCUACAUGCCGCUGUUGGCACAGGACACAUGUUCGCUGCACUCGCGUAUAAUGCAGUAGGCGAUACCAAGUCCGCGGUGAAACACGCGAAGUUGGCUUUGGACGCGGGCAUGGUGAGUAGUGGGAGUGUGGUUGAUGACGGGAAAGACAUGACGACUUUAAUUGAGAGCCCUAAGGGGCAUUGGUCGUAUAUGAGAAGAGGGAGUCGUUAG